GAAGGCGGUUGUUUCAAGCACAAGAGGUGAGAAAUGCGGAAGCCGAAUGUUCUUGUGAAGUUAGGGACCUGGAGGGCUAUCCCUAAGUUUUUCUUUGUAUUGGGCGGCUUCGGCGUUCUCAUCUACGUCGCCACUUUGUUCAACUUCUACUCUCUUAGAUCUCUUCAUAUUCCCGAUACCUUUUGCAAUAACAUCAACCAAGACAGAGCUGGGACUGAGGUUAGAGCGACCAUCGACACGGUUAUUAACAAAAUCCAGGAUGAAAUUAGCACAGUAGGGUAUACGUCCGCCAACACAUCAGUGUCAGAGUUCGCGUCGCGAUACAGCCGCUUUCUUGUGGAUAUCCUCGGGCUCAUUGAGUCUAUGGAAGCCUCAUUACCGUCAGAUCAGGGGACUGGUGAAAUCAGGAUUGUCCAUCCUCUGGCAAAGCCAAAGGAGCGAUCCGAUGAGCCAGUCGAUUACUUCCUCAUCGAAGAGAUACGCAAGUACGUGAAGAUUAAGCCCAACAGGUUGAAGAAACAGAACUUCAUGGGAGCAAAUGGGACUUUCACGAGCAUAGGCCAUGCUUGCUUUGCCAUGAAGAAGGAUUUGGAGGAGUACAUGGACUAUGAUGUCGGCGAGAUCUGCAACGACGAUUGGAAACUAGCUCAGAGGCUCAUGGUUCAUGGGUGUGACCCGCUCCCCAGGAGGAGGUGCUUCUCGAGGGCACCACAGCUAUACCACAAGCCAUUUCCCAUCAAUGAGUCCAUAUGGAAGCUUCCAGACGACCGCAAUGUUCGUUGGGGCGGGUACCGGUGCAAGAACUUCACAUGCUUGGCAAGAAAUUCUACUGGCAAAGGAUUCUUCAAAUGCGCGGACUGCUUCAAUCUCACCAGUCAUGAAAUGCCCAGAUGGAUUAAACCCAUCUAUAUCGAUCCGAAUAAAAAUCUCACAACGGAUUUCGUCAUACCUGAAGUGCUUGCUAUCAAGCCUGGAGAGAUCAGAAUUGGAUUGGAUUUCAGUGUUGGGACUGGGACUUUUGCAGCUAGGAUGAGGGAGUUCAAUAUAACUAUCAUCACAGCGACAAUAAAUCUUGGCGCACCUUUCAACGAGAUGAUCGCUCUGCGUGGUUUCGUGCCUCUUUACUUGACUGUAAAUCAGCGGCUGCCGUUCUUCGACAAUACCCUCGAUCUGAUCCACACGACGAGGUUCUUGGACGGGUGGAUAGACUUUAUUCUUCUAGACUUUGUGCUGUAUGAUUGGGAUCGAGUGUUGAGGCCUGGCGGCCUUCUGUGGGUAGAUAGCUUCUUCUGCAUGAAGGAAGAUCUGGAUGACUACUUGGAAUCCUUCAAGAUGCUGAGGUAUAAGAGGCAUAAAUGGGUUGUGAUACCAAAGUUGGACAAAGAUAACAAGGAGGUUUUCUUCUCCGCUGUGCUCGAAAAGCCACCGAGACCCUUCCGAUGAAGGCGUUUUCCAGACUGUUCCCCGAUUCAUGUAUGUUCGCAUUGAUCGCUUUGUUUUGUAAGUGCCGAUGUGUUUGAUUUUGCAAUGUUGAUUAUAGAUAGGCCUUUGCACUUCA